UUCUCCUUCGCCACGACGCCGUCUCUUCCUUUCUCCUUCCUCUCUACUUCUUCUUUCUCUAUUCCGAGUGUCCCCUAAGCCCCAAAUCGAUCUCGUCCGAACCCUAAACCCCAAAUCGAAUUCGUCCGAAACCCUAACACCCAAAUCGAAUUCGUCCGAAACCCUAAGCCCGAAAUCGAUUUCGUCCGAACCCUAAACCCCAAAUCGAAUUCAUUCGAACCCUAAGCCUUAAAUCGAUCUCAUCUGAAUCCUAAACCCCAAAUCGAUUUCGUUCGAACCCUAAGCCCAAAAUCAAAUUUGACAAUCUGCAGUUAUCUUGCGAUUUGGGUCCUCAUCGACCUCGAGUUCGACGCUCGUCGUGAGUUCGUGUUCUUUCCUUCCUUUGGCGAUUGUGCGUUCGUGCGAAGAUCUCGCUUGCGGGAGUCUCGACAUCUCAGUGGCGAAGCGAUUGGCAUCAGGGACGACGACAGGGUUAACGACGGUGAUGGCGACUCCUCCUCACGCAGGUUCCUAUAAUGCGAAGCCCAGAAGAAUGAGGACAGCAACAUCUGCAUCAAGUAGCGUAACUCCUAAUGAGGUCAACUCGGAGCCAACAUGUUAUUGUGGCCUUCAAUCGCCAAUUCUUAUGGCAAAGACAAAGAAAAACGCAGGAAGAAGGUUCCAUGGAUGUGCUAAGUUUGAUAGUCCAAGUUGCUGCAAUUUUUUCAUGUGGGUGGAUCCAAAGAUACCAAAUCAUGUGAGGGACAUGAUAGUUGACCUCCUUGAAAGAAAUCAAACAUUGUCUGAAUCAAGCCAAUCGAGGGGUGACGGAGUCGAGGUGAGCUCAUUGCUAGCUGAAAUGAAGAGUCAAAAGGCGAAAAAUAGACGUUUAAAGGAGGAGCUUGCACAAGUAAAGAAAGGGAAGAUGCUAUAUCAAUCAGCAUUCAUUCUAUGCAUAUGUUAUAUCGCUGUAUUGGUUAUAUAUAAUGUGAAAGUUGGUAGGAAAUUUCUAAGUCUUCCAUAAUACUUUCUAUCUGAGUUUGUAGUUUGCAAAGACCGGUUGCUUGC